GUGCGAGUUGUCUUGUCUGAAACAAAAUGGCGGCCUUCUGCAAGGGAUAAUGCGGUUGCUGAAAAGUCUCAUGUCAACAUGUCACUCUUGAGACUUAGUGCCUUUUCAAAGUGUCUAACGAGCGGCUUGGUUGUUGAUCAAACUGCUCGCCAUGUGUUCAAUGCCAACCACUGCCGGUCCUGUCUCCGUAUUCGGAAUAACUUUGAAAAACGACUAACAGACACCACUUGGGUUUGCCAACGGCGGUAUUCUGUUCUAAUCCCAAAGAAAGAAGAGCGGAAGACUCGUUUGAGGCAUCAAUUUCAGCUUCUGGAUGUGCUUGAAGCAAGGAUUCAACAGCUACAGUCUGAUGUCGUUUUAGAUGUCAAACACUCAAAUGUGCAAUUUGUCAAACUACCACAGACUGGAAAAGGCAAAGCCUCCUCCCCUAAAGGUCAAAAGAAUGUAUGUGGAGAAAGGGGUGAGAUGCCUAAGGCAAGCCAGCCCAGGAGCUCGGGGUCAGGAGACCCAUCGUCACCGAAAGCACACAACAAUCGCUGGACGGAGAAGUUAAAAAUUGAGAAGUAUGGCAAGAUAAGAAAACAAGCACGGCUUCAGCAGAAGCUCCAGGACAAGAACGUGAAGGAGAGCAAAGGCUCAUUAAAAAAGACAGUCUCGACCGCCAAAAAGAGCAAGGCCACAUUAAUACAAGAACAGGCCAAAGCGCAUCUCUCACAGCAGAAGACCCCUACACCUGCUGUGUCUGCCCAGGAGACGCACUCGAGGGAGGCUGAGCUAGCCGAAGUGGAGGAGCUGGACCAGCAGGUGAACCAGUGGGUCUCUACCAAUGCAGAGAAACUUCUGGAAGACAAGGAGGGGAACGGCUAUGAGGACGCGCAGCUCAGCGUGCGCUGCUUCUUGGAGGCGUGCGUGUUCGUCGGCGACAUAGACCACGCUCAGCGCUGCCUGAACAGCCAUCACCGCAACAUCACCAAACGCAAGCUGCUGUCCAUGAGUGCCUACAACAUCAUGCUGAGGGCAUGGGCCAAAAGAGGAUCUCUUAGCCAGAUCCGUCGCUUGUUUGCCCUGAUAGAGGAGGCUGGUCUGAAGCCAAAUCUCAGCUCCUACUCGGCUGCUCUGGAGUGCAUGGCCCGCCACCCUGACACUUCUUCACAGGUCAUUGACAGGUGCCUGCAGCAGAUAGAGGAGGACGGCCUCAGUGUGGACGACAUCUUCAGGCAGACUGUCUUCCGGCAGGACGAGAGGGAUAUGGUGCUGAGGGCUGUCUGCACCGCCAGGCCCGACUACCAGCCCAGCGCCCUCUCAGACCAGGAGGUCUGCUCCUCGCCACUGGUCCAGGAGUUCUACAGAGAGAGGGAGAAGACUCAGUACCCCAGGCUGGCCUUCGGCGUGGAGGACCUGAGGGAGCGCUUCAGCCAGCAGCUGGCUAUGGAGGGAUCCUCCAUCAUCACCAUUGACUCAGUGGAGGCCCUCAAGCCUGUCACUCCACACAUGAUCAAGAUGAGGGAGCUGUUGGCAUCGCAGCGGGAGCGCUGGCAGAAGGUGCUCCUCCAGGCCUUCAAGGAGAGCAAGAUAGUCAUGGCCCACAGCAACCAGAAGAGCUGGAGGAUCAGCCUCUACCCCUACCUCUGCAUCCUGGACAACAAGGAGUACGUGGAUGCCAUGCUCCAGUGUGUGACCAACAUGCAACCCAGUGGGGAGUCCCUGCUGUACAUCGCUAAGGAGCUGGGAAACCGAGUCCACAAUAAGUUCUGCAUCCGUCAGAAGGCCCACAGUCAGAUGGCAGACAAGCUGGCUCAGAUCUACAGUUCAUACGCCGAGCUACUGGCCCAAGACACGCCGGCCAGUAACGUGUUGCCACGGGAGCGUUGGACGGAGCUGGAGGCGCAGUUGAGCGCGGGCCCCUCGCUGCUGUUCGACGACACGCCCUGGCCGCACAUGCUGGUCAUCCAGCUGGGCAGCUUCCUGGUGGACCUGAUGGUGCGCGAGCUGAAGGUGCCCAGCGACCUCAUCAGCCCCGCCCCCACCGGCAGGAAGCUCAUCCCCGUGCUCUACCACAUGUACACCUUCCGCAGCAACCGGCAGGUUGGUUUCAUCAAGCCUCACCCAAUCCUGCUGCAGCUGCAGUCGGAAGCCAUGGAGACCCGCCUGACCUUUGACUCGUACGUGAUGCCCAUGCUGUGCCCGCCCGUGCCCUGGACAUCGCCCAAGUUCGGGGCGUACCUGCUGACCUCCACCAAGCUGAUGCGCUCGGUGAACGGAGCCGUGCAGCACCAGCUGAUGCUGGAGAAGUGCCCGGAGCAGGAGCUGCACGCCGUGCUGGACUCGCUCAACCAGCUGGGCAACUGCGCCUGGAAGAUCAACCACCCGCUGCUGGACAUCAUCAUCAGCAUCUUCAACGACAAGGGCAACGACAAGCUGGACGUGCCGCCGCCCGUGUCCGAGGCGCCCGAGAUCCCGCGUUUCAGCUACGGCAACCCGGAGUACAGCCCGUCGGAGAAGGCGGCGCUGAAGCGCGAUGCCCUCCACGCCAAGAAGAAGUUCGCCGAGAUGCACAGCCUGCGCAUGGACGCCCUCUACAAGCUGUCCAUCGCCAACCACGUGCGCGACCAGGUCUUCUGGUUCCCGCACAACAUGGACUUCCGCGGACGCACGUACCCGUGCCCCCCCUACUUCAACCAUCUGGGCAGCGACGUGACGCGCGCCAUCCUGGUGUUCGCCGAAGGCAAGCCGCUGGGGCCGCAGGGCCUGGACUGGCUGAAGAUCCACCUGGUCAACCUGACCGGCCUGAAGAAGCGCAGCUCGCUGGCCGGGCGCCUGGCCUACGCCAACAGCAUCAUGGAGGACGUCCUGGACUCCGCAGACCACCCACUCACGGGGAAGAAGUGGUGGAUGCAGGCGGAUGAGCCCUGGCAGUGUCUGGCCUGCUGUAUGGAGAUCGCUAACGCUAUCCGCUCACCUGACCCCACCCAGUUCAUCUCCUACUUCCCUGUGCAUCAGGACGGUUCGUGUAACGGGCUUCAGCACUACGCGGCGCUGGGGCGGGACGUGCUCGGGGCCACCUCCGUCAACCUCAUGCCCUGCGAGGAGCCCCAGGACGUCUACAGCGGCGUGGCCCAGCAGGUGGAGGAGUUCCGUGCGCGGGACGCGGAGAAGGGGGUAAGGGUCGCCCAGGUCCUGCGGGGCUUCAUCAACCGUAAGGUGGUCAAGCAGACGGUGAUGACCGUGGUGUACGGGGUGACCCGCUACGGAGGCCGGCUGCAGAUCGAGAAGAGGCUGAAGGAGAUCGAUGAGUUCCCCAAGGAGCACAUUUGGGACGCCUCACACUACUUGGUACAACAGGUGUUCAGCAGUUUGAAGGAAAUGUUCACAGGCACCCGAGAGAUCCAGGACUGGCUGACUGAGAGCGCCCGGCUGAUUGCCAAAUCGGGCAGCACGGUGGAGUGGGUGACACCCCUGGGCCUGCCCAUCGUGCAGCCGUACCACCGCACCAGGAACCAGAUACUGAAGAGUAACAUCCAGUUCCUGAGUCUUCAGAUCAACCAUGAUGCCAGCCAGAGACCAGACACAGUGAAGCAGAAGAACGCCUUCCCUCCCAACUUCAUCCACUCGCUGGACUCCACGCACAUGAUGCUGACGGCCCUGUACUGCUACAGCCGGGGCCUCACUUUCGUCUCCGUCCACGACUGCUUCUGGACACACGCUGUUACCGUCGGCACUAUGAACCAGGUGUGCCGGGAGCAGUUUGUGGCCUUGCACAGCCAGCCGAUCCUGCAGGACCUGUCCAAGUUCCUCCUGGAGAAGUACUGCUCUGAGCAUCCGGCCGAGAGGAAGAACAAGAAGUUCAUGGAGUACUGGAGGAUGACUCAGCUCCUGGGCAGGGUGCCUCAGACAGGUGAUUUCAAUCUGGAUUGCGUGAAGGAGUCCACUUACUUCUUUAGCUGAGAGGGGAGCUGGAUGAGGGUGAGAAAGAUCGUUGGGAUUGAUUGACAGGGCAGGGGGGCGUCUCCUGCCAUCCGCAAAUCGAUCGGGGAUCACACAGACCCUAGUGAAAGCCUCGUGGACGAGGCGGACUCAUGAAACCAGUGCCUCACAAGAUUGCCCCUGACUGCCCUCUGACUGUGCAACUGUAAUUCUGUCACUUCCUCAGAGGCUUUGAUGUGUGUGUGUGUGUUUUUAUAUAUAUAUGUGUGUGUGUGUGUGUGUGUGUGUGUGUGAGAGAGAGAGAGAGGGUGUGUAUGUGUGACUACGCAUUCUUUAUGGCAUGCAUACAUGCACAUGCUCGUGAGGACAGCAGCUGCUUUGGGAGUUGUUUUUUUUCCAUCUGUCGACCUGCUUAACUUCCCCAUCCCCCCCAAACAUGAGCAGCAGCAGUGGGAUGAGGUGUGGGGGUGGGGGUGGAGUAAGGGCGUGCGAUCCUCAGGUGAGCCGGGGGCGGCUCAGUGGCGGUGUGUAGCCAUGUGUGUAGCCAUGUGCGUUCCCAGCGGGACUCUGAUCGGCUCGGCCCUGCGACCUCACCAGCGCCGGGGCGAUUAGCCGCGUGACGCCGCCGGCUCCCAUCGAUCCACAACCAGCCGGGAGUCCCAUACCCAUCCUGACAUUUCCAGCCAGGAGUAGAGAGAAGGGGAGGCCUCAGGAACACAGGCCCACUCUCCCAGCCAGCCGGCCGGCCAGUUACUGUACGUUUGUUAGUUAGUUACUUUGUCAGUCCGUCUCACUGAAACUUCCCUGCAUCUGUGAAGAAGAGGUACUCAAGUUCAGAAGCACUCUGACGAAACUGAUAACUGAAAGCACUUCAUUGGAAACAUUUUAUACAUUUUUUUUUUAUGUUGGUCCAUACCAUGGAGAUAUAUUUCGAAGUGGAAGAAUGUGUACGUCGGUUAUAAUGUGUUGUGCUAAUUAUACAUGAUGUAAAAAAAAAAAUAAACAACGAUAAUAAAAA